UUUUUGGACAUUUUUUGUCAUCCACAAGACAGAACAAGAAACCGUUUGCGACUUUACUGUUCGGUUUACAAUUCCCCCUCAAAAUCCCAGAAGGGGAAAUCUCGCCAGCUGGGGAUUAGAGGAAGAAAGGCUCCGAGGUGGGUCCUGUCGGAACUCGGUCGAGUUUCCAUCCCUUAUGUCGCCGGCUAUUGACAUCUUAGUGGGGAGCACAUUGUAAGAGAGGACGAGGCGGAGGUGUAUAAGAGCUGAAUCGAUCUCUUCCUGUUAUUUAUAGAAUGGAGAGUUCUCCCAAGACACCGGAGUCGAAUGGAAGCGGCCACGGGCUGACCAAUGCCCCGUCCCUGAUGGAGAUGCUGCUGGGGCUCCUCAGGGUUCGGGUCAAGCGCGGUAUCAACCUCGCCGUCCGCGACGUCCGCAGCAGUGACCCUUAUGUUGUUGUCAAGAUGGGCCGACAGAGAAUGAAGACGCGGGUAAUCAAAAAGGAUGUGAACCCGGAAUGGAAUGAAGAUCUAACAUUAUCUGUUUCCGAUCCUAUCCAGCCAGUGAAGCUGACUGUCUAUGACCAUGACACGUUCAGCAAGGACGACAAGAUGGGCGAUGCAGAGUUCGAGAUCAAGACUUUCAUAGAAGCGCUUAGGAUGAACCUCGAUGGUCUCCCGAGUGGGACGAUCAUAACGAGGAUGCUGCCAUCCAGGGACAACUGCCUGGCGGAGGAGAGCUGCAUUAUGUGGAGCGGAGGAAGAGUCAUCCAAGACCUGUGCCUCAGAUUGAGAAACGUUGAGUGUGGUGAGGUCAAAAUCCAACUCCACUGGAUCGAUCUCCCCGGCUCGAAAGGUCUCUACUAGCUUCUUCAUGGAGCUGUCCUUCAUAUAACCGAUUUUUUGUGGAUCAGCAUCGUGUAUCUUAGCCAAAAUAGGAUUGUAAAGUUUAUGACUUGUCACAUAUUCCGAGAUUUCCCUGCUUGGAAUGAAGGCAUGUUUCACAAUUUCUUGUUGUUCAAGAGAAAAGGAUAAUGCAUAAGCAUGUUGCUGCACAUUUCAAUUCUAAA